AAAACAUCAGAAAGAGAGACAGGGAGAGAGAGCUGACAAGCUGUACAGGAGCACAGAGCCAAGACUGACUCCAUUCUCAAAAUGGAUCUUACUGUAAAUCUCUGUCAUUCUUCUUCGCGAACGUGAAUGAGAAGCAGAGCGGAAACAAGCUGUGCUGAAUCACCGAAGAGCCAAAACUUCCUGCAUUACCUCACCGUUAUUCAAGAUGUCACCUCAAGACGGCUAACUUGGACAUAACCUGACUUUCAUAAAUCAUUUGAAUUUUAUAAAAUUGACUGACAGCCUGUAGGCCCAGUCAGCGUCUCAGUCAUCCUCUUUUCUAAUCACAUGACAAAAUGGCCACCUAUGGUCCUGCCUCGACACAAGAAACCUCCCCAGAGGUAACCAAUGGGAACCUGAAGGGAAAUGGUUCUCAGGAGGUGAUGAAACUAAAGAAGGAGAUUUCCCUAAUCAAUGGUGUCUGCCUAAUUGUGGGGAACAUGAUUGGUUCGGGCAUCUUUGUCUCACCUAAGGGUGUGCUGAUGUAUAGCGCUUCCUAUGGCUUAUCAUUGGUAGUGUGGACUGUUGGAGGAAUUUUCUCAGUGUUUGGGGCGCUGUGCUAUGCCGAGCUAGGAACCACUAUUACCAAGUCUGGAGCCAGUUAUGCUUACAUCCUGGAGGCCUUUGGAGGUUUCAUGGCCUUCAUUCGUCUGUGGACAUCACUCCUCAUCAUCGAGCCAACCAGCCAGGCUGUGAUAGCAAUUACCUUUUCCAACUACAUGGUGCAGCCGAUCUUCCCUACAUGUAUUGCACCUUAUGUGGCCAAUCGCUUGUUAGCUGCAGCCUGCAUAUGUUUGCUGACCUUUGUGAACUGUGCCUAUGUGAAGUGGGGGACUCGUGUACAAGACUUUUUCACCUAUGCUAAAGUCAUCGCUCUCAUUGCUGUCAUCAUCACAGGCCUUGUCAAGAUAUUCCAGGGUUACACACAGAAUUUCGAGGGACUGUUUGAAGGUUCGACCCAGGAUCCUGGUAAUGUGGCUCUGGCUCUGUACUCGGCUCUGUUCUCGUACUCAGGCUGGGACACCCUCAACUUUGUCACUGAGGAGAUCGAAAACCCUGAGAAGAACCUGCCACUGGCCAUUGCCAUCUCCAUGCCCAUCGUCACAGUGAUCUAUAUCUUGACCAAUGUGGCCUACUAUACUGUUCUGCCAAUUCCUGCUAUUCUGGACAGUGAUGCUGUAGCUGUGACUUUUGCAGAUCAAGUUUUUGGAAUAUUUAACUGGACAAUCCCACUCGCUGUUGCAUUGUCCUGCUUUGGAGGAUUAAAUGCAUCUAUCUUGGCUGCCUCGAGGCUGUUCUUCGUGGGUUCCAGAGAGGGCCACCUGCCUGACUACCUGUGCAUGAUUCACAUUAGCCGUUUCACCCCCAUCCCUGCCCUGCUCUUUAAUGGUGCCAUGGCUCUGGUGUACCUGUGUGUGGAGGACAUCUUUAAGCUGAUCAACUACUACAGCUUUAGCUACUGGUUUUUUGUGGGUCUGUCCAUCCUGGGUCAGCUGUACCUGCGCUGGAAACAGCCAGACAGACCACGCCCACUGAAGCUCAAUAUUAUCUACCCGAUUAUUUUCUGCCUUUGCACCAUCUUCCUCGUGGUGGUCCCGCUCUAUAGUGACACCAUCAACUCUUUGAUUGGCAUCGCAAUCGCCCUAUCGGGCAUCCCUGUCUACUUUCUGUGCUGCUAUACACCAGCCUCCCGCAGACCACUGUGGAUUCGCAAAUUUAUUGCAUCAUCCGGUUUGCUGAUUCAGAAGGUUUGCUUUUGCGUACUUACCGAGUUGGACACUGAUGAAGGAAAAAUGCAGUAGAAUGGGACUGAUAGAUGGCUAUAUGGUACAAAUUUCCUAAUGAUGUAGUUGGAACGACUGACAUGUAACACCCAGUAGGUCAUUUGACUGAAGUAACAAGCUCUUUGGGUAUUAGUUUAUGCAGAUACCCAAAUGACCAUUCUUAAAAACAUGCACGUUCCUUGUGGGAAAAAUAAAAGCUCAUUUCCUAUUGCAAAUAGUUUAUGCUGACUUGUAUAUUCCCACCUGUUUUCUAGUUCUCAGGAUUUUUCAGUACAUUACAUUUUAAUACAAGGUGUGCCCAGAUUUAAGUCUGUGUCCUAAAUGUAGGACACAAGGCUCCAUUGAGCUAGUUGUUAAGACUUUUUUUUUUUUUUUGGAAAGUGGGAGAAAAUAGACCCCAUAUAGUGACUGAUGGAACAAUACCAAUGAUAACAUUACACAUAGUGAAACCAGAUUAUAACAGAUUCAGUGUUUAAGUAUCUUGAUCAUAUUCUGUGCGCUUGUUAAUAGACUGUACUAUGUUCAUAAUGCUGCCACAGAUUAACAGAACAAAACAGUCUGCCCUGUUAACUGAAGGGUUAAAAUUGAAAAAUGUAAGUGGGCAAUUUCUUUUCUUUAAAUUAUGCACAAAGCUCCAAAUGGACUACGGCACUUAAAGACUUCACACUUAAUUGAAAACAAUUUCAUCCAGUGUACUUAAUAAUAAAUCACUGAUUCAUGGAAUGUUGCUUUCAGUGAGUUACAUGACUAACUCAGCUUCUCUUCACAUUCACCAAUUCUGAAAUAAAAUUAAAAAAUUAUUUAUAAUAAAAUUGAUACUUUAUGCAACCUUACAGGUUAUUCUGGGACUACCUUUAAAGUUCUUUAAGGGAAUAUGAAAUACUACCUAUAUUAUAUUUUGCUAGUUUGUUCACUAAAAGUUGUGCCAACACUAAGUAUUGGAUUAUUUUUCAAGCAGCAGUAUUCUGUGAAAUACUGCAAGAAAAGAAACUGAAUAAAAGAUAUAUAAUUAUGUAAAAAUGCAAAGACUGUCAUUAUAAGAAUUAUUU